GAGACCAAAAAUCCGUUAAUCGAAAACCAUGGUCACCCGACGUGCCCGCCUUGAACCAAGUAGUGAAAGAGAGAGGUUUGGUUUCGGGUUUGGUAAAUGACCAGUACCCGACCCGUUCGCAUCCUAGAUCUGAGCAUCUGACAACAGCAUCUGUUGUUGACUGUGGAGCUUCCCUCUCGCCGCUCCCGUCGGUUCCUGUCCGCCCUUCUUCCGGCAAUCACAAAAAAUGGCACCCUAAAACCGACCAACUCUCCGUAUCAAGCUCCAUCGUCACUGGAUUCACCUCUGCCGACUUACCUCCACACCACACUCUGUUUCUGUUCAUCUCGCUCUGGUCUGAAUAAGCUCCGCUCAACUCCGCAGUACUGUUAUUUCCUGCUGGAAGCCUAGAACCACAAUAAUGUCAAGGAACACCAAGUGGAAGCUUGAGAAGAAUAAAGUUAAAGUGGUGUUCCGGCUUCAGUUUCAUGCAACACAUAUUCCACAAACUGGAUGGGACAAGUUAUUUGUAUCAUUUAUCCCGGCAGAUUCCGGCAAGACAACCGCAAAAACAACGAAAGCAAAUGUGAGAAAUGGAACAUGCAAAUGGGCAGACCCUAUUUAUGAAACUACGAGGCUUCUCCAAGACGUUAAAACCAAAGAAUACGAUGAGAAACUGUACAAACUAGUUGUUGCCAUGGGUUCUUCACGAGCCAGCAUUCUCGGUGAGGCUUCGCUCAACCUUGCUGAACAUGUUGAUGCUUCAAAGCCUUCCAUAGUUGCAUUACCUCUUCAUGGAUGUGAUACAGGAGCUAUUUUACAUGUCACUGUACAUUUGCUAACAUCCAAAACAGGAUUCAGAGAAUUUGAGCAGCAAAGGGAACUAAGGGAGCGUGGAUUGCAAUCUGGAAUUGAUAAUAAGCCUGAUGAUAUGGGCACUGGAAAAGUUUCAGUCUCUAGAGAUGAUGCUCGUGACGAAACGGAAAAGGCCAAUAGAAGGUCAAGAUUUAGACCGGAUGCCAAAGGGAUCUUAUCAGUUGAAGAAGUAGAAGAACAUGGAGAUUUGACUAUUGGAUUUGAUGGCUCAUCCAACACAUCUGAAAGUUUUUAUGCCGAAAAGAACGAUUACUCUAGUACACAGGAAAUUGGUAGCCUGAAGACUUCAGCUUUUGGCGACUCGCAUGAAACUCCCCGUUGUCAAAGCCCACAACCAAGACUAACAAAUCCUUUUGAAAAUCAAGCUGCGGCCCACGGGAGUAGUGAUUCAAUUCAUGGAUGGGUUUCAGAUUGCUCUGAUGAGAAUAGUCGAACCAGAGCAAGUUUAGAAUUGGCAGAAACUUCAGUUUUUGAGCUUAAACUCGAAGUAAGCUCUCUGCAAGGUCAAGUUGAUGAACUAGGAAUGGAAACUGAUAAGUUUUCUAGCCUGCUUGCUGCUGAGAUAUCCUCUGGUGAAGAAUUGGCAAAGGAGGUCUCUUCCCUGAAACUAGAACGUUUGAAGAUCAAAGAUGAUAUUGAAAGACUACAUAAUUUAAAGAUAAGCCCUCAAUGUACAGAAAAACAGGAUGUUCGCUUAGUUCAAGAAAUUCAAGAUAAAUGGUCCAUAGGAAUUUCAAUCCUGGAAGAAAGGAUAAGGGACCUCAAGAAAAAGACUUUUCAUGGCCUCCAUGAAGGAGAACACGGGUUCCUCAAGUCAGAAUUUGAGGUAGUACUUCAGAUUUUGAACAACAUGAAACAAGGGUCAAAGGAUGAAGCAUGCUUGCCUAACAUUGCACCACCAUUAGUUAUGGAUGCAAAAGAGAUAAGAGACACCUGUUUACAGAAAACUCAACACUCUUUGACAGGACUUGGGUUGGAUUUGGAUUUAUGUCCACCUGAAGAUAUACUUCAUCAUUUUAGCAUACCUCCGCUUGUUGUUGCUCAAGGACCUAAUUUUGAUCUUAUAAGAGAACUGGACGAGGCAAAGUUUGAAAGGGAAACUCUUGUCAAGAAAAUGGAUCAGAUGGAAUGCUACUAUGAAGCACUAGUUCAAGAACUUGAGGAGAAUCAGAAGCGAAUGCUGACUGAGCUGCAGAGUCUUAGAAAUGAGCACUCAACUUGCAUUUAUACAAAUUCUAUCAAUGAAGCUGAAAUUGAGUCCUUACGCCAAGAUAUGAACCUUAAGAUUGCACAACUUGUUGAUGAGAAUCGCAAUUUAGACGCCAUUAACAAAGAGCUUGAGGAAAGAGCCACCUCAUCAGAAGCAGCUCUUAGGAGGGCCCGCAUGAACUAUUCAAUUGCUGUGGAAAAGCUACAAAAGGAUCUUGAACUUCUUUCAUCACAGGUUGUCUCUAUGUUUCAGACUAAUGAAAACCUCAUAAAACAAGCAUUUCUAGAACCUUCAGUGGCAGAUAACUUUGAGUAUGUAAAUGGCUUCCAAAAUUCAGAACAAUAUGAUACCACCAAGCAAUUGCAGUUCUGCAAUCAAAAUUUAUGGUCAAGGAAACAAGCAGUCUGCCGAGAUGUCCUUUUGGAGGACUUGAAGAAGUCACUCUUCUUACAGGAAAAGCUUUAUAUGAAGGUUGAAGAAGACCUUAAUGAAAUGCAUUCUGUUAAUUUCUACUUGGAUGUAUACUCCAAGGCUGUAGUUGAAACUCUGCUUGAAGCAUAUCACAAUUAUGCAUUAAUGAAGAAAUAUGUGGGUGAGCUUGCACGGCAGUUGGAGUUUUCAAAUGAAUGCAAUGAUCAGUUAGCUACAAAAUUGCAAGUUCUUCUAGAAGAUAUUGUCAUUGUAAAUGGGGAUAAAGAUAGGUGCAUGCACAAAUGUAAUGAACUUGUUCGCCAGAACCAAAAUUUAGCUGAUCAACUGGAAAUGAUUUCUAAAGAGAACUCUCUUCUAACAGAGAAGCUCAUGGAUGGAGAGAUAAUUUCAACGAAAUUCCAAAAUUUCCUGAGUAAAUAUGAGUCUUGUUUGGAACAGAAAGCAGAAUUGUCAAGUUUACUAGAACAUAGAAACCUAGAAAUUGAUAGGCUUCAUACUGAAAUUUCUGUUCUGAAGGAGGACUUGAAAAUUGUUGAGUUGGAACGUGACAAGUUGGCUUCUUCAGAGAAAACCCUUCAGAAAAAUGCCAGUUUUGUGCAGCAUGAGUUGGUUAACUUGUUGGCAUCCUAUGAUCAGCAAUUGAGUGCUCCUCUUUUGGUAAACCCCCCUCAUCUCGACUUGGACCUGAAUAACUUCAAAGGCCUCUUAGUCCAAGUUGAUGAGAUCCAACACAAAUCAUGUGCUCAGAUUAUUCAACUCAUGGAAGAGAAGAAGCGUCUGGAGAUUGAAAAACAUGAUUCUGAAUUAUCCCUAAUUUCAGAAAUUAUUGCAUUGAAGCAAAAUCUUAAAAAUAAUACACAGGACAUGUCAGUUAAAUUAAGCACGUCUAAUGCCCUUGUGGAGAAGCUUCAAUUUGAACUUGAAUACGUAGAAAAUAAACUCCGCUUAACCUCUGAAAUAGAGAAAAAGCAUGCACUGCAGGAACAAGAGCUCUUGGCAGAUCUCUCCCUCUUCGAGAUUGAACUGCAAAGAACUGCUUAUUUCGUUCAAGAGAAAUUGGACUUGGAUUAUAUUGCUGAUGAAAUUGAGAGAAGCAGCUCAACAAUUUGUCGGCUAUUACAAGAUAACCAAGACCUAGUGAUGUCUCUACAGAGUAAAACUGAGGAUAUUAGUAGUCUGAAAGAAAACUUGAAGAUUCUAAGUGAUGAAAUGCAUUCUGAUAGAGAUUCUAAUGAAGGCAGGGUGCAAGAACUUACUUUUGAACUGAAUGAGAAGAAUAACUGCCUGCUUGAUCUGGAGAAAACUAAUUCUAAGCUAAUAGAAGAGAAGCAGGAUCUUGUGGUCUCCUUUCAGUGUGCAAUUGCCGAAUCUGCCAACCUUGCAACUGAAAUCAGUUCUCUGAAAGAAAAUUUGAGAGGACUUCAUGAUGAAUUGCAUUCUGAGAGAGAUUCUAAAGCUGAAAUUGAGGCUACUGCUCGAAAUCUUGCUUUUCAGUUAAAUGAGAAGCUUGAGAGCUUACAUGCAAUGGAGAAGCAAAACAUUAAUCUGAUACAAGAGAAGCACAAUCUCAUUGAGUCCUUAAAUUGCAAGGCUGAGGAGUCUAUUGAUAUGAUUAAGCUGAAAGAAAACUUGGAAACUCUGUAUGCUGAAUUGAACGCUCAAAAAGGUUCCAACGUUGAAUUAGAGGGCAGGUUGAGAGAUCUUAGUUCGGAAUUAAAUGUGAAGCAUCUCAACUUACUUGACUUGGAGAAGCUAAAUACUGAACUUGUUCAUUUCCGAGAGCAGGCAUCAGAGUUAGAAGUGGAGAAAUCUCGACUUCACUGUCUUUUAUUGCAGAAGGACGAGAGUAUGAGAAGGCUUGAAUUACACAUGCAUGAGUCUUUAAUUGCUUCAGAUGUUAAAUAUACUUUUGCUGUAAACCAAUAUGGAAGCGUUGCUCAGAAACUUGUAUUAUCCGAUGAGUGCCUUGGAAAUCUUAGGGAACAAUGUGAUGAUCUGCAGAGUAAACUGAAUCAUAGUUUUGCAGGUGAGGCUCAUCAUCAUGAAGAAAAGUUAAAGUUGCUGGAAGCCAUUGAUACUGUUAGAUCUGAUCUGGAGGCAUCUUUUGCUCGAAAUAAGGUUCUUUCAGAUUGUAACAGUAAUAUACAGUUGAAAGUUGAGGAAUACGAGAAUGAAAUCACAAAUCUAGAAGUUUGUCUUUCAAAGGCUAAACAUUGUCACACACUCGAAGUAGAACAUCUUAAAGACACACUGAAAAACAGUGAAGAAGAAAUUUGUUACUUGAUAGUCUCCACAGAGGAACUGGGGGUAAUGGUGACGUUUCUGAGAAGCAAAUUCGAUGAACUGCUUCCUUGUAUGAAUUUGCUAGAGAAAUAUAAAGAUGAGCAGCAGAAUUUACAAUGUCAGUAUAAUGAGCUCUCAUAUAAACUCUCUCAGCAAUGUUUGGAGACUGAAGAAUUCAGGAAUUUAUCUGUUCAAUUAAAGGAGUCAAGGGAUAAGGCUGACGAGCAAAAAGAAUCUCGAGGACAACCAGUUGCUAGACAAGAAUCCUUACGGAUAGCCUUUAUCAAAGAACAAUACGAGACGAAGGUGCAGGAACUGAAACAACAACUGUCUAUUUCCAGAAGGCACGGAGAAGACAUGCUUUUGAAGCUCCAAGAUGCAAUUGAUGAAAAUGAAUGUAUGAAGAAAGCUGAUGCCAUACAAGCUAAAAGAAAUGAGGAACUAGCUCUCAAGCUUUUGGAUUUAGAAUCUGAAUUACAGUCUGUCCUGUAUGAAAAACGUGAAAUUACUAAAGCUCAUGAUCGGAUAAAGGCAGAACUGGAAUGUGCAGUUUUAAGCUUAGAAUGCUCCAAGGAAGAAAAGGAAAAGGUCGAAGCCUCUUUGCAAUCAGAACUGUCUGCGGCAAAACAGCUGAUGGAGAAUGUUAAGUGCCAAAGUAAUAGCAAAGAAGCCAAGCAUGCAACUGACAAGUCAAUUAAACCUUCAGCACCAAAUUCGUCACAUCAGGAUGGUAUGUAUCUUGAGGAGAACCUGAGUUUUCAACAUCUAUCAAUUGAAGAUCUUCCAUCACCACAUAUUGAUUUGAAUAACAAUCUUUUUGAAACCCAAAAUUUGAGGGCUGGCAUGGACCACCUACAUGAAGAGUUGGAAAGAUUGAAAAAUGAAAACUCUCAGAGAGAACUUCUCGUUCCGAAGGAUCACAUUUUUAACCCAGAUUUCGAAGCUUCUCAGAGAGAACUCGAACAACUACAAAAGACAAAUGAAGAUCUUGGAAGCAUGUUUCCACUUUUCAAUGAAAUUACGACUAGUGGAAAGGCAUUGGAAGGAGUUAUUGCACUAGAGGUUGAGCUUGCUGAAGCUUUGAAGGCAAAGACCAAACCGAACAUCAUCUGCAGUUCAUUCUUGAAACAAAAUAGUGAUGAAGAAGCCAUUUUCAAGCGUUUUAGAGACAUCAAUGUGGUGCUAAAAGAAAUGUUGGAAUUAAAGGGGAGACAUGCUACAGUGGAGAAUGAACUGAAGGAUAUGCAUGACAGAUACACACAGCUAAGCCUCAAGUUUGCCGAGGUUGAAGGUGAAAAACAGAAACUGAAGAUGACACUCAAGAAUCUUCGGGGAUCUAGAAAACUCAAUCAACUAGACAGAUCCUCUUCCUCCAUUCCAGCUGAAAGUAGUUUCACACAGUAUUAAGAUGACUCACUUUAGCAACAUCAGAAAACCAACUAAACCUGCAUUUGAGUCUCGAAAGCUCCUUUCUUUAGCGCAUAGUUUUGGCUUUUGUAUAUAGCAGUUUUUAUUGCCCAACUUUUGUUGCUGGAUUAACAUGUGCGAUGUAGAUAUAUGUAGCGUUCUUUUUUGUUUUUGUUUGUCAUAAUAUGCUGUUACCAUAAAAUGUAUGUAAUUUUCCUUUAUUUUUUGUAAUUGUUGUACUUGACUUUACAAUUCCCAUUUGGUGUCCGCAUCAGGCCACAGCCACACAGGCGUCAAAAUUCUCUUAUGGAUUUUGUCUUUGCAGAUGUGGCUUUCCAUCCAAUCUUGCUUUUUCAGAACUGGUCACAAAUUAAGAGUUUAUUUGGUAAGGCCUAUACAUCUAUAAUAGCAAGUGGUCAAG